CGGGUCUCGGGUCUAACCUCACUUAUCAUUGUGUUCUCUGUGGUUCUUGAUUGACGCUAGCUCCUUUUGGAAAGCACGUUUAUACUCCUCGGUUGUAUUUCUAGUGUUUUCUUCAUUUCUGAAGCACCAUGGGUCGUGUUCGUACAAAGACUGUUAAAAAAGCAUCCAAAGUGAUAAUAGAAAAAUACUAUACUCGCCUAACCUUAGAUUUCCACACCAAUAAAAGGGUAUGCGAAGAAGUAGCUCAUAUCCCAACAAAGCCUCUUCGUAAUAAAAUCGCUGGAUUUGUUACACAUCUGAUGAAGAGACUCCGGUAUUCUCAAGUGAGGGGUAUUUCUAUCAAGCUUCAAGAAGAAGAGAGAGAACGAAGAGACAACUUCGUACCAGCCGUUUCUGCAUUGGAUAGUGACAUCAUCGAGGUUGAUAACGAUACCAAGGAGAUGUUGAAGCAGCUGAAUUUCAUAAAUCUACCUGGUUUACAGCUGACCCAACCAAAUACGAAUAAUUAUAGAAGAGUUUAAGUAUGUCAAAUAAACAAAUUGAACUAUA